UAGUGCACAAAAAUUAACAGGCGCAAAGCGUUAACGUUUAUCGAGACACCCGUGCGAUAUAUCGAUUUGCCAGUGAACCACGUGCAUUAUAUAACCCUACGGCCUACUCCGGAUUUUUGGAGCACUCGCCUGCCAACCGAGAGUAGUUGCGUGUCGGUCGCACGCUUGUGAUUAUUCAGUCGGGGUCGACGUGCAGGAAACAUUUUCCUCGCUCUUACGAAUUUGGAAUUCCGUGUAAAAAACGAACGGAACAUCUUUAAAAAAUUGGUGAAGGACCAAAUUGUUAUAUUAUAAUAUAAGAUAAUAGCAAAGUCGAGACCUCUCCAGCGAAUUCUGAGGAAUUAAUAAAUAAUUGAUAAUAUAAAAAGUGAAAGAGGACCGUUAACAAUAUAAAAGUAAAAUUAAUAAAUAAUUGAUGCAAGAAAUUUCUUGCCGCGAUCGAGCAGUUGCAAGAAAGCCUUCAUCUUAUCCAACAUCUGGAUACGUAGAUAUACUUUACAAUUUUUGCUGCACUCUCGUUAUCAUAAUAAUGCGAUAAAUAAUUAUCAGUCCAAUAUUAUUGCACCCUCUACAAAACGGGGUGAUUAUCGCAGCGAGCCAGCGAGAGACUAACGAGUGAUCGACGACCAGAAGCGUUCGUCGCGUGUGGGAAAUAAUUUGAAAGUACAAACACAUUCUGAGGCAAAUGAGCAAAAUGUUGAGUCAGCGCUUGAGCAACCGGAGAUUACUUGUCGAUCUCCUCGCUUUGAUGUUCGGUCUGGGUGCUUGGAUCGGGGUAAACGGCAUUUACGUACAAUUGCCUCUCAUAGUGCACAUAGCCCCGGAAGGAUGGAGCCUGCCCGCGCACAUGGUGAUGCUGGUGCAAUUUGCCAAUUUAGGUCCUAUACUGUACACCCUGUACAUAAAGUACACCGUUUGGGCAUAUGACAAGUACAUCAUUUAUUCCUUACUGGCCGCGGGAGCGUUCGCCUGUGUCGCACUGAGUUUUCUGUACAGUCAUACUUCGGUCGUGUUCGGCAAAGAGCACUCGACCGCUCUCCUGUCGCUGAUGUUCGUGACCGCCCUCGUUGGAUGCACAAGUUCCGUCCUUUUCAUGCCGUACAUGAGAAACUAUCGUGAGAUUUAUCUAGUGUCGUAUCUCGUGGGAGAGGGACUGAGCGGAUUCGUACCGAGCGCAGUUGCGCUGAUCCAAGGCGUUGGUAAUAAUCCGGGAUGCGUCAACGUUACCAAGCCAGGAUCGAGCCAUCUGGAAUUCGUGCCUGCAGAAUCAGAUCCGAGAUUCUCCUCCCAAAUAUUUUUUAUCUUCAUCGGAACUCUAUUGUGCCUGAGUUUUCUCUCGUUCUUAGGCUUAAACGCGUUGCCUAUAGCACUCGGUGAGAGAGUCAAGCUUCCGAGCAGCAUGGAAAUGUUGCCGACCGACACAACAGCACCGCCGAGCUACAAAACUAAUUCCGGCUGGAAAAUGCCGAAACAUACGUACUAUUAUUUAUUAGUCAUGAUGGCUGUAGUCUGUUUCCUCGGUAACGGUACUCUACCGAGCAUUCAAUCGUACUCCUGUCUACCAUAUGGCAAUGUAGCUUAUCAUUUGACAGUCACGCUAGCUUCCAUAGCUGGUCCAUUGGCCAUGUCUUUAGGUUUCUUCGUAAAUACACCAGAGGUGAAACUCCUGAACAUCCUCACAGCGGCUAUUUUAGCACUUUCCGGCUUUGUUUUAUAUCUGGCCGCGAAAUCGCCUCAUCCUCCCUUGCAACAUUCAUGGGUGGGUGAACUGAUUGUAGUUGUUGCAUGGAUAACGCUAUGCGGUUUAAUUGGAUUCGUAAAAAUGGGCAUUACGACGUUGUAUCGACCCGAUCCUGGACGGGGUCUUUACUACACUGGCGUCGCGACGCAAAUCGGAUCGUUAAUAGGCGCAAUUACCACGUUCAGUUUGGUCAAUUAUGCGAAAGUGUUUGAGUCUUAUUCUCCGUGCGAGUAUCUUAGAGAAAAUUAACUUAGCCCA